AUGCUGCCAACUGCAGCUGCUGUCCUUAGGGCCAGCGUUCGCCCGGCUGCUUCCCGCACUCUCACUCGUGUGUCCGCGCCCACCCUAACCUCGAUCCGAUGCCUCAACCGCGCCCUCUCAACAACUCAUGCCCUCGCCGCCGCUUCCUCGCUCAACAGAGAUCGGGCCCGUGAGAUUGUGGCCCAGACUAUUAGCAACAUUGGCAGCAAGCGUGAGACAGCAGCGUACCUCAAGGUCUUCACACUUACCUCGCAACAUUUUGCCGUCAUCAAGGUCGGGGGUGCCAUUCUUCAGGAGCACCUAGAUGAGUUUUGUGGAAGUAUACUGUUGCUCUACGAGCUUGGGCUAUACCCGGUCAUUGUCCACGGCGCUGGUCCGCAGCUGAAUUCCCUCUUAGAGUCCGAGGGGGUGGUUCCUCAAUUCGAAGAUGGAAUCAGAGUUACUGAUGAGAAAACCCUUACUGUUGCGCGCAAGCUUUUUCUGGAAGAAAACCUGCGACUUAUCGAACGCUUAGACUCGUUUGGUGUUGCAACACGAUCUAUACAGGGAGCUUUCGGAGCAUCUUACCUUGACAAGGACAAGUGGGGGUAUGUCGGCAAGGUCACUGAGGUUCGGAAGCAAGCUAUCGAGAGCAGUAUAUCAGCCGGAUACAUCCCGAUCCUGACUUCAAUGGCUGAAGGGGAUGACGGUCACCUCUUAAAUGUUAAUGCGGACGUUGCGGCUGCUGAACUUGCUCAUGCCCUCAAGCCCUUAAAGGUUAUCUACCUCUCAGAAAAGGGAGGCCUUUUUGAUGGUGAGGGGAAGUUGAUCUCACAGAUCAACCUUGAUGAUGAGUUUGAUACCCUCAUGGCUCAGCCCUGGUGUCGUUACGGCACCCGUCUUAAAAUCGUCCAAUCCCACGAUCUCCUCAACAGUCUUCCCCGAAGCUCUAGCGUGGCUAUCAUCCACCCUGGUAACCUUCAGAAGGAACUCUUUACUGACUCUGGCGCUGGUACACUCAUACGCUUGGGCAAUCGCAUUCAAAAGACUUCCUCCAUCAAGGAACUUAAGGAUAUCAAGAAGCUCGAGGCUAGGCCAGACAGCAGCUCCGACAAUCUUGAUAUUCCGGCUAUCGUUGAUCAAUUCGCCAGUAUACUAACAGAGAAGAAGUUCACUGCCUACUACGAUGAUGCUAUGCACUGUAUGGCUAUCAUCAUGCCUCAGGAUCAAGGCAUGGCUAUACUGACGAGUCUGUCUACUACGAAGUCUGGCUGGCUUAAUGGUACGAUGGAGAAUAUCUUUACAAAUAUUAGGAAGGAUUACCCUACUCUGGCUUGGGCUGUCAGUGAGAGAGAUGAGAACUUGACAUGGUUCUUUGAACAGGCCGAUGGCAGCUUCCACGAAAACGGCAGAGUUCUCUUCUACUACGGAAGCGAUAUGCGCUCAGUGGCUCUCAGCUCUGUAUACGAGAACUUCGUGUCUGGACGAGCGUCGCUUGGCGACUCCAACCUUGAAAGCGGCGGAACAGCUUGA